CGGGGAAAUGUCAAAUUGACCUGUGCACUGCUGACAUCUAUAGGACAGAAUUAUUACUUCGAAAUUGCGUGGCAUGACGUCACCGCUGGUUUUGUUGGUGGGUAUAGUUAAUGUUGUUUAUGACGAAAGUAACCAUUAAACGCGUGUGUAGAUCUUUGCAAAUAUCAUUAGCUGGAAGAUUGGAAUGUGCUAAUUUAAAUUGCAGUAUCAAAAAUAAGAUAGUUUCUUUACCAUGGCACAAGCUGUUGUGGCCAACAGUCAGGUGCGCGAAAGCCCUGCUGUAGAAAGGAAUAUUCAUGAGAUGCUGAAAGAUACACCAAUGAUGAAUGAGAGUAAUAAUGCUGUUCAUUCUGGUACUGCACCUCCCACCCCUCAACACAUGGGUUUUGUGCCUCAUCCCACUUCUUUGCCAUUGACAACUACAACAGCUCCAUCGACCAUGCCCUCUACUCCAGUAAGCCCAACUCAAAAUGGUGAUCCUCAAAUAAUAAAAUCACAACAGUCAAAAAUUGAAACAAUAAAAAACUGGAGCAUUUCUACAUAUAAAUGCACUAAGCAGCUCAUGUAUGAAAAACUGGGAAAAACAUCUAGAACAGUAGACACAGAAUUAGAAGCUCAGAUUGAACAACUGCGUGAUACUCAGAGGAAGUACUCAAAUGUGCUUCGCCUUUCAAGAGCCUUGGCCAGCCAUUUCUAUCACGUUGUUCAGACUCAGCAUGCUUUAGGAGAAGCAUUUUCAGACUUGGCACAGAAAUCCCCAGAAUUACAAGAAGAAUUUUUGUAUAAUGCUGAAACUCAGAGGAACCUUACUAAGAAUGGAGAAACAUUGUUGGGAGCUUUGAACUUCUUUGUGUCAUCAGUUAAUACUUUAUGUAACAAAACAAUUGAAGAUACCUUGCUAACUGUCAGACAAUAUGAAACUGCUAGGAUAGAAUAUGAUGCUUACCGAACUGAUCUUGAGCUUCUGGCCCAGGCUCCUAAGACCGAAGCAAAUACUGCACGAUUAGAAGAAGCCCAGCAUCAUUAUGAACUUCACAAGACAAGCUUUGAAAAAUUGAGGUCAGAUGUAUCCAUCAAGCUCAAGUUCCUUGAUGAAAAUAGAAUUAAGGUGAUGCACAAACAGCUAUUGCUCUUCCACAAUGCUGUGUCUGCUUACUUUUCUGGCAAUCAAACUGCCCUGGAAGCAACCUUAAAACAAUUCAAUAUAAAAGUGAAGUCACCCAAUUCAGCAAUGCCCUCCUGGCUGGAGCAAUAGUACCACCAAGUUGUCACAGCCACGGCUCCCACAUGGUAUCUCGUCCCUGCUCCACUCAUCACUUACAUUGCCCAGUCUUCUCACCUCGCUGUGUGGUCUUGGCUGGGAUAUUACCGGCAGGCUCGUUUGUUCCAGAAAGCUAGAUUCAAAGCUCUUCAAGCGUAGAUCAGGCUGUUCUUUUAGAGAAAGUCGUGAUCAUUUGAGUUUGAAAUGGUGCAUUUACUCAUUUCCUUUCCUUGGAUCUUAGUAAGAGACUGCUAGGAUUGCGAAAGGAAAAAAUUUGUUUCAUGUAAUCGUUUCAGCAUCUAUGUUGCACAUUUAUGAAUUGCUUCAUAUCAUGACCAAAUUUACUGAAAAGUGUGUUCUUAACAAGCAUCAAAUUAUAUUAUGAUAGAUCACGUACCUUCUAAUACUGGAUCAGAAUUGUGCUGUUGCAUAAAUGUUUAAUCACCAUUAAAACAAGAGAAUGUUAUUCAAAUGUUUGUGGUUACACUGCAUUGGAUGACCUUCAAGGGUCCAGGAAUUCACUGAAUACUUACAUAUGAAGAGGAUAUGUACGAUAUGUAAUAAUCCUCUAUAGAAUUUGAGUGUGAAAUAAUUGGCCAGCAGUAUGUUCUGAACUAGUCUAUGACUCAUACUUAGUUUGUAAGAAUAAUGUUGAAUCCUUUGUAUUAUAUUUGUUCCAAAAAAAAAAAAAAUGACACAUCUUGAUCAUAAAAUGUCAAAAUGUGUAGUAUGCAAGUAUAAAAUGUCAGUCUUGAUUCUUCAGUAAGUGAUUUAAGCUUUUACUGAGAUACAAUUUUAUCUUUAGACAAAUUUAGUUUUCAUGUGUGUGAUCACUUGCAAAGAAAUUGGAAAAGGAAUGUAUACAGGGUGCUGACACCAAAGCUUCAGGGGCUUUGUUCUUAUGCAAGAAACCUUUUUACAUUUGUUAUUUUGUGUGCAAGAAAAAUGAGUAAUUCAUUGGCUAGUGAUUCAGGAUCUAGCUUCUAGGUUAGGGACAAAUAUAAUUACUCUUUUAAUAUUUGUGUGCGUGAAUAUGGAGUGGUCUGUUCUGAUGUGUUUGUUACGUGGUUUCCUUUAUAUUUUGUGUGUGUAUUUAUUUUAAAAAUUUCCUAUUGUGGAAGAACUUGAGUAAUUCAGUAUUAUGCCUGUGGAUCAUUAUUAUUUUCAUUGACUAUCUUGGAAAGUCUGAAUUGUUAAUUUGAUGUAGAUUUUGGGAACAGCUGUGAUGGUGUUCCAUGGUAUCCACCAUAUUUCAUUCCAGAUUAUUAGUAUACUCAUUCUGAUAUUUGGACUUUUGUGAGACAACAAUAUGUAUUCAAGUACAUGUUUGUAACUAAAUGUCUCACAAGUCCAGUCACAUAGGGUUGUGCCAAUGUGAUCUCUAAUUACAGUGCUUAUCUGGCAAAAAUUUUGUUUGUUUAUCUAGAUGUCUUCACACAUAGAAGACAUUUAGAAUCUCCCAUUUCUACAUGCUUAUCCUUGUGUAUAAUAUAGAACUUAGGGAAAAGAAAAUGAUAAAAAAAAUAAUAAAUGAAAUUUGAUGGUGGCACCAAGUUUUGCACACAGGAAUAAAACAAUUAUCUAUCUCAAGUACUUGCGCCACGAAUUUUGACUAUAAAAUACACUGAAAGAAUUGAAUAUAAAUGGUUUAGUUUGCUUAGGCAAAGAAAUGUGACUGAAUUAUAAGUUGCAGAAUAUCUAGUCAAAUGCUGUUUCCUGGGAAUUUCUUAGUAUUUGAAGUAAACAAUUAUCUAGUUCUUUUGUACAGUUUAUUCUUGUUAUGCAAUUACUCUGAAUUCUGUGCAUGAAGUUAGUCAUUGUUUAGUUCUCCAUGUAACCUACAACAUUGUCAUGCCAGUAAAUAUUCUUGUGAACGAUUCUGCCACAGCGAGGUGUACAUUUUAUUAGGUUUCAGUGAUUAUUACUACAACCUUUCAUGCAAGUGCUUUUGCUAGUACUAAAUUCUGUCUUGUCUUUAUAUGAUAAGAGACAUUUCAUGUAGUUAAGUUUACAAUAGGAUAGCAUAUUUACAUUAGGAAAUUAUUUCAUGAUGGCUUUGAAUAGAUUUAAUCAUGAAGAAAUAAAGGUAUUUAAUUAUUUGUACAAGAUGAAUUUGCAUGUCUUCACUUUUUAACAUACUUCUCCUUUAAAACUCAUAAAUAAAUAUAUACACGACAUUAUCAGAAAUAAGUUGAAAUGUACACAACUUAGUAAACUGGUCCAUCAUCCAAAUUAUCAUCCUCCUCAUCCAAGUAAGAUUCACCAUUAUCAAAAUAAUUGUUAACAUAAUCAGUCCCGUCAUCCAUUUCUUCAUCCUGGUCCUCCUCCUCUUCUAACUCUCCUUCUUGCUGCUCGCCUUCCUCUUUCUCUUCUUCUUUGUUUUCUUCACUCUUUUCUUCAACAUCUCCUUGCUCUUCAAGUUUUUCCAGUUCAUCAAGCUUGGUGCUGACGUCUUCUGCAAACCUCACUUUCUUUGAGGAUUUGCCUUUUAUCUGAGGUGGUGGGGGUGGUCUCUUCUUCUUCACGGCACUCGCCACAGGUCGCAACUCCAUCGGAAAUCUUUUCCAGUCAUAAUCUAAAGCGCCGUUUUUGUUAGGCGUUUCAACAUUUUUGUAAUCCGAAUAUCGUUCGAUGUCUUUGACUUUGGCAGCAGGGAGAACAUAAGCAGGAGAGUACUUCAAAAACUCCACGUAGUCUCUCUUCAGGGCUAACAAAUACUCAACUUCUGAACCAGACUUCAACGGAACAGGUCUCCUUUCCAAUGGAGGGUAUAAAGGUGGAGGUUGAAGGACAGGCCCCGGCAAUGCUUCACCAGCCCCAAAUCCUAACUGUUCUACAUUGAAAGACAUCGCUCCUCGGCCUCUCCCACGACCACCCCCACCCCUUCCUCGGCCAGCCAUGUUUAUUUAGUGAUUUCCAAAGAUUUUAAGCCUGAAGUUAUUGCCUCCUCUUCGGUUUCUGCUGUAAAGUCCUCGGGGUUAUAUAUUACUUUGACAAUCAACGAGCAACUCGGACACGUAGCCACUUCUUCACCGGCAAUUAGUUCGUCUUUUGUUAUUUGAAACCUAUCGCCGCACGGACACGGAUAGUAAUAAGUCUCUUCUUCUUCAUCAUAUUCAAAGUCUUCAAUUUCAAUUUCGUCGUGGUAAACAGACAUAGUUUGUUAUAUGCACAUCCUUUCAAAAUCCUCCAGAAUGAGGUUAGAAAUCACAAACAUCACAGAACCAGCCGAUUUUACACGUGGUAAUCUGACGCAGAAGACGUCUCAAUGUGUUCAUGUGCAACUUGCCGUUUCUCAAUUGUUAGUUCCUUGAGAAUCUGGUGUGGAGGGAGUGAUGAGUUUCUGGAGCAAACGAAAAUGUUACUUUUUGCAGAGAAGGGAAUAGGAGAAAAGGUAAUAUCCUGACAUGAGCUUCACAGAAUUCCGGAAAGUUUGUGUGUCAAUUGCGGUGCCGCUACGUGGGGUAGAAAAGUGAAAAGACAGGAAUGUCCAAUACAGUCCUGUCACACCACUGCAGUGUGUUGCCGGAUAGUGUCAGAUACCGCAGGUAGCUGUGCCACCUUUGGGUUAAGCGACCGUUUGUUUCAUUUAAGAACAUGAUGAAUCGAAGAUCUGUUGUAAUUGCAUCCGCUGCUCGUACACCAAUAGGUACAUUUUGUGGAUCUUUGUCAUCCUUCAAAGCUCAUGAAUUGGGAAGUAUUGCAAUUAGAGAGGCAUUAAAGAGAGCAAAGGUAGAUCCAAAGGAUGUCUCUGAAGUUAUAUUGGGACAGGCUUUGCAGGCUGGUCAAGGACAAAAUCCUGCACGACAAGCAUCCAUGAGGGCAGAAAUACCUGAGAGUGUGCCCUCGUAUCUUGUUAAUAUGUUAUGUGGGUCUGGUUUAAAAUCCGUUGUUCUGGGAAGUCAGGCUAUUCUAACUGGAGAUUCUCAGAUAGUGGUUUGUGGAGGACAGGAGUCAAUGAGUCAAGCACCUCAUACCAUGUACUUACGUGGAGGUGUACGAAUGGGAAAUGGAAACUUAGUGGAUUCCAUGAUCUCAGAUGGACUUACAGAUGCUUUUCACAGUAUUCAUAUGGGCGAGACAGCUGAAAAUGUUGCAAAAACUUAUAACAUUUCUCGCGAAGAACAAGAUAAGUAUGCCUUAGAAUCUCAGCAACGUGCAGAAAAUGCCCAAAAUGCAAAGUGCUUUGAUGCAGAAAUAGUAGCAGUUACUGUUCUCAACAAGAAAGGUUCUACAGAAGUUAAAAGUGAUGAACAUCCUCGACAUGGAAGUACAAUAGAGGCAUUGCAAAAAUUAAAACCAGCAUUUAUUAAAAAUGGGACUGUGACAGCUGGUAAUGCAUCUGGAAUUAAUGAUGGUGCUGCUGCUGUUGUACUCAUGAGUGGCGAAGAAGCAGAAUCUCGGGGAUUAACCCCCCUGGCUAAAGUUGUUUCGUAUGCACAAACUGGAGUUGACCCUGCAGUUAUGGGGACUGGUCCCAUUCCUGCUGUAAAACGUGCGCUUGAGAAAGCUGGUUGGAAGAAAGAUGAUGUAGACUUAUAUGAACUGAAUGAAGCUUUUGCUUCUCAAUCGCUGGCAGUUGUUCGAGAUCUGGAUUUAAAUCCUGCAAAAGUGAAUGUCAGUGGAGGUGCAAUUGCCCUUGGCCAUCCAAUUGGUGCAUCAGGUGCUCGCAUAUUGGUCACCCUUCUUUAUGCUUUGGUGAGAACAGGAGGCAGAAGAGGAGUAGCAGCACUUUGUAUAGGAGGAGGCAUGGGGAUUGCCAUGUGUGUGGAAAGAGAAUGAACAGGGGUUUGUUUGUAAAAUUGCCCAAUGUACUUAUUCUGUUUAGCACUUCAUGGCUGGAUUCUGGUUGUAAAAGUAUUUCAUCUUACAAAAACGUGCAUUGCAUUACAAAUGCAGUACUUUCAAGAUGUAAGAGGAAUGUAGAGGAAGGAGAAAUUAUACUUACGCUAUUUGCCAACAAAUGAUAAAAGCUUCUGCAAAGAUUUCACACAAGUUUGUUUUGAUGGUACUAAAAUAGUAUUACAUGUGUUUGUGAAACAUAUCUGAAUACAUGAUCUUUUUCUUUUCUUUUUUAAUAUGAGUACUUCCAGCAGGUCUGGAAUGUUAGUGUGUGCCUUGCAAAUGGAAAGUGGCAUUUUUUACUUAAUAAAAUGACCUUAGUGAUGUCACAAUCCCAUGACAUAUUCAUGUAGUAUUAAAGGAAUCCCCAGUUUUAUUUACUUUACAUUCAUUAAAAAUGAUUUUUAUAUAACAUUUUAUAUUUGUUAUCAUUUUUUGUGUUCAGUUUAGUGGGAGGCUUAGAUUCUCUAAGAUGACUGAAGUGAAGCUUCAAGAAACAUGCUAGUAUUAUAAAACUUUAUUAGGAUGGACCUGGGUAAAUGUGAAAGCAGAAAUAAUUAUAAAAUGAAGUUUAAUGUGUGAAUUUUAUGUUAAAAAGGAAACCUUUUGAUAGAGAGAGAUAUUGAAAAUGGAUUGUAUAAUGAGUUUGCUUUAAACUUUUUACUGUUACAUAUUUAUAUCUUGCAUGCACAGAGAAACAAUGUAGAAUUGUUCAUAUUUUUAUAUGAAGUAUGGAAUUUUAUUAUAUUCUGGAAAAGAAUUGUUGAAUGAUAAGACAUUUACAUUUUGUGUAUUUUCUCAUUUAAAGUGCUUUCUGGAUAACUUCUUCCUGUUGAAAGUUGCAGCAUUAAUAGUAUUGCAUGUGUUUUUAUUAUUCAAAGUAACCAACACUCGCUAUUUUAUAGUCACAAAAUGUAUGAUCUCUUUUAUCAGUGUGGAUAUUUUUGGUGUUUGGUAUAUCUUUUGUUUGCUUUAUGCACUAUAGUUUAUUAUUGAAUUUAUGUACAAAUUCACAUAAAUUGUCUGUCACAUUCUAUCAAAAUAACAUUUAAUAAAAUGUGUAGCC